GACACAACCCCUCAUCUCGCGUAAGAGGAGGUUCAUUAUUUAAAGUUUUAAAGCAACUUAAAUAGUGUUGCCUAGAAGCUGGGAAAGCCGAGACAAGGUUUAUUUCACAAACCAAACCUAACAUUUUCUAUAUUUUCGGACCCUUGGCUAGCUCGGACGUGUGUGCCUUUACAAACUAAACCACGAAUCGAAUAUGCCCCAGACUGUGACACUUGAGGGACCCUCACCUUGGGGAUUUCGCCUUGUGGGAGGACGGGAUUUCAGCACACCGUUAACUAUUUCUAGGGUGACAGCGGGCAGCAAGGCGGCCCAGGGUGACCUCUGUCCGGGGGACACCAUCCUGGCCAUCAAUGGAGACAGCACACUCACCAUGACCCACAUGGAGGCCCAGAACAGAAUCAAGACGUGCACUCAGAAGCUCACACUCCACGUCAGCGGGUCAGAUGACAACAGAGUGUGGUCACCAACCGGAAGCGAUGAUGGCAAGAUAAGCCCCUACAUGGAGUCUGACACGCAGAAGUUCCGCCCGAUAAUCAGCGGAAACGGAGGCUACGGUCGGAAACAGUCCUACACCCAGGAGCCCGAGAAUCAGACCCGGGCCACCCCCCCACCACCACCGCCCGCCCCCCAACCAGCUCACCUGAAUAAUGAACCGGCCAGGCCCAACACCAGCCCCAGCUUCACCUAUGGGAAUGGGAACAGCCACAGGAAUGUCCAUGGCAACGGCCAUGGCAACGGCAAUGGCAACGGCCAUGGCAACGGAACUGGGCAGUACAACAGCCCCGCCGGUCUGAACGGCAAUGGAGACCGCUCCCUGCCUGGCAAGAUGGGAGGUCUCCAGCUCGGCAGUGCCUCCUACAGCCCCGAGCCCCACGUGACCUCACCGGGGGGCCGUCCUGGUAACGGGACCAGCUUCAACGUGGAGUCGGACGUGUUGCGGAUGCUGCAGGACCACGAGGAGCCGGCCGCUCAGCCCAAACAGUCGGGCUCCUUCAAAUACCUGCAGGUCAUCCUGGAGGCCGAGGACGGAGGUAAGUCUCCGAGUGAAACCAUGAGGAGCAUGCGGUCUCCGGUGAGGUCUCCGGUCCCCAAGCUGGCCAGCCCCAUCCCGGUCUCCUCACCCGGGCUGCAGAAACUCCCUCAGUGCACCCGCUGUUGCACCGGCAUUGUGGGCACCAUGGUAAAGGCCCGGGAUAAGCUGUACCAUCCCGACUGCUUCAUGUGCGACGACUGCGGCCUGAACCUGAAGCAGAGGGGCUACUUCUUCAUCGAGGAGAGCCUGUACUGCGAGACGCACGCCAUGGCCCGCGUGCAGCCCCCCGAGGGCUACGACGUGGUCGCCGUCUACCCCAACUCCAAGGUGGAGCUGGUCUGAGGCCAUAGGCCAUGGAGAGAGGGAGAGGGAAGAGGAAACGUGUGACGUAGUGAGAGCGAGAGAGUGCUAUACUUUGAUAUACAGCUGGUCUGAGACCAUGGGCGAUGGAGAGAGAGAGGUAGAACAUGUGACGUAGAGAGAUUGAGGGCGUGCUAUACUUCAAUAUACAGCUGGAAGACAUUGGAGGUAGGGACCCGAAAUGUUCUUUUAGAAGGGUGUCCCGGUUGAUAAGGUAUUAGGUAGGUAUUUAGGUAUUUCUUAAGGAAUUCUAGAGCAGGAAUGCUGAGCACAGAGGGUUGUGACGAAUGAUGAAGAUACAUGUUGGAACGGAUGUCCUUUAAGGUGGGAGUCGGCCAUCUUGUGUCUGGUUCAAUUAGCAUAAAGAAAGGUUGCAGCUAAUGAGUGAAAUUGGCGUGAUCGAUGAGCGAUUAGACGGACUAUAAAAACAUUGCAGGACUUUUAUCGCAUCUCAACCCCAUAUUUCCCAUCACUUCACAUUCAUGAUGAUUGAUUAAGUGUGUUGUCCAAGUUGAGCAUUAAUUCAGAUUCUGCAAAAUAUCUGGGUGAGGUUAUAUUAUCAUUUAUUGAUCUGAUUUUUCUAUUUAUUCGGUAUAUUAAACACCCAACACAUCACAUCAAGACAGGAUGCAAUACAAAAACGUAACAUACAAACACGACAGAAGCUACAAUACAUUUAAAGGAGCAGUCGAUGGUGGGGGCUGAAAUGAAAUGUAAAAUGCUGUGUGCUGGGGCAGCCGGCUGGCUUCAAAGAGCGGUUGUCCCUACUGAUGAAGAUGUUUUAUGGCAACAGGGUCCAGCAUCUUUUAUAGAUGUUUGUCUUUGGGCUGGGGACGCUGUGCCUUUGACCUGAGGACAGUAGCCCAGAGUGGGGGUUCAAGAGAGGGCUGCCAUGGUCUAAGAUGUUGCCGCGUAAGUGUUUGACUGCUCUGCCAUGGAUAUAGCACCGUUUGGUUUGUUUGUAGCAUGUCAUUUUACUGCCCAGUUGAACUAUUAGGCCAACACAAUGUUAAAACUGACUAUACUUUCAAUUAGACAUUGCUACACUCUUUUUGGGGUGCAUUGGCUGACCUCAAAGUUCCUUUGUUUUCUCCGCGGUAAAGUGUCUUCUGCUGUUCAAAUGGUUCUGAUCAACCUGCUUAACCUGCAACUCUAGCAAAACAAAUAACAAAACACAGAAAUAGAUUACUGUUCACAUGCAACCUUUUCCAGAUGCAGCCAUUAUCCAUGGUUCUAUUGAGUUCUUUGUGCGUCUGCCUAUACCUCAAUGCUCCAGUUAAGACAUGCCCACAGCAAUACGUGUUGGAUAACAUCAUAUAAAAAGGAUGAUAAACAAAUGAACUACUUAUAGAUAUGCCUUUUAGAAACUACUGGGUUCUAGUAUUCACACACUAACGCUAGUUAACCAGUUUGCUGUCGUUUCUGCCGGAGCUACUUUAGUAUAUCAAUAUUUACCUAUUACAACUAAUAGAUUUUAAUACAGUUUGUAUCAGGAUUUCAUUUAUUUAGUCAUUUAAAAAAGAAAAAAGAGAAUAAUUUUGCUCUUCAAUAACCCUGUUGCGCUUACACACUCAUCAUCGUUCUGUUCUUGUUUGAGUUUACACUUACUAUGUUUAGUUUGGAUUUGGGUUGGAUUUGUCUGACUGUUGAAAAAGAUUGUUGGUGAGAUUUUGAUAGUGGGUUGCUUCGAGGGGGAGCAACACGUUAAGAAAGGGUUGGGAAUACUUCUCCAGGCUGGGGGGAAUUAUCGUAGGGCUAUGAUGAAUACUGACCAAAAGUUCUCCUUUCUCUCCUCUGAUACUUAAAACCCUACAACAUGAGUCUUCAUUUAUCCAUGUGAUACUACGGGUAUUCUAAGGGAAUGAGGAAAGAAAGAUGAGCUUGAAAGGAGAAUAUAUAUUCGGUUUGUUUAGAUAUUCUUUUUUAGUUGCUAUACUGAACUGCUGAGUUUAACAAUGUUGGUCCAAAGUAUCUGGGACGCUAUUUUCUAGCGAUGCUGUUACUUUUAGUUGUUUAGUUGUUUCUUUUCUAUCCGUUCAUGACCCUGUCUAAGAACAGCGUUUCCACUCUGUUUUCUGUGGAAUGCUUCCAAUAAAUAAUGAUAGAGUGAGCCUUACAGGCACUGUAAAUAAGUAGUCUCACUCCACACUUCAUACACUCCAUGUGGUCAUAUUCUGUCCUGUGGCUGUUAAAAACUUUCUUGUGGUGUUUUUUUUUUUUUAUGAUUUAUUUGGUCAUGAAAACGUUUUUGAAACUUUUUUCGCAAAGCAAUUUAUACCCAUGGGAAUCUUGUCCAUAGCACUUUGGGAUAUACAUGAACUUUGUUGCAAGAGUUUUCGGAGCUAUUAUUGUCCGUGUGCAAGGUCAGCUUAAACAGAGCCAGGCUUGGGCUUUGCCUUUAAUGAAACAAGCGCCGAUGCUCCACCUGGCUUCACUGCUUCCCUAGGCUCCGGACCCAAGGAGAUCAAGGUCAAAGUUCAUGCACACAAUCAACUGAAAUUAAAUUAACCUAAGCUCAGGCUAAGGACAAGCUGAUUCUUUGUAGAAUGACAUUUCCUGAGUUAUAUAUAUUUAACAUCAAUUAUAGUUACCACAUCAUAUUGCCCUAGUAGUUUAAACUUGGGUCCACCUAGCAUUGAAGCCUGACGACCAAGCUGAUCUUGAAAAGGCCCCUUUACAGACACACAGUAGGGGAAUAGCAAAGAGAAAGAUUGGGCUAACUUAUGACAGCCAAAAGCAGUCCUAGAGAUGCAUCCCACUUUGUGAAGGAGGUGAAGCCAGGGGACGUGUGGUAGAUCAAAGCACCAGACGGCACAUUUCUGUAACAAGACUUUUUGGCUAGUGUGAAAGCUAACAAGCAAAGGAGAGCAUCAUUAUUUGUAAAAUGGGUGAUGUAUAUUCAUUGUAGGUGAAUAAUGAAAUGGAUAAUGGUUAAAGGAAAACAUUAAUGUACCUAGUUGAUUGCUAUUGAUUCAGUUCAAAUACCAGUAAUUUCUAUUUUCCUUUCUGAUGAACAUUCAAUGUUUCAAUUGACAGUAUACCGACUGCAGUGAUUCUCUUUGUAAAUUAUAUGAUAUUAUAUCAUUCUGCCAUUUUGGCUCUAUGGUAUUGUAAAUAUUUGGUUUGUCACUGUUGCCAUUAAGUAUAAAAGUCCAUUGCAUUGCAGACGUUGCAUAAUCUGUGUUCUUUAAUGAUUUCCAUGUGCUUUCAUAAAAAUCCUCAUGUGUUUAACUUAUUGUUUUUUUAUGAAUCUGGUUUUCUGGAUCCUUUUGUAUCCUACUUUGUAAGACAAAUAAACUGACAAGUGAUUUGCGAAGAA